GUGUGAGAGGAGUGUGUGUGCGUCUGUGCCUGUGCUCACAUGUGUAUGAGGGAUGUCCACGAAGGAGGAGUUCCCAAAGUUUUGAACCAAAUCUUUGCUUUUUUUUUUAUUUAUUUUUUUUUUUGCUGUUUUUGUUUUGUUUUUUUGCUGUGAGAGUAGCACACAUUCACACGCACAGGCGCAUGGACAAAGAUGUUUACAGAUGGUGGACUCUGUAACUGGAGAACUUGCUUGGAGCCAGGCUUAUGCAAGAGAAGGAUGGAGAGAAUGGGAUGAAAACAGAGCAACGUGGACGUGAACCAGACGAGAAGAGAAAAGAGAGUGUGAAGACAUGGAAAUAUAGAGAGAAGAUGUGACUGAGAAAAGAAAAAAACAACUUCACAGAAGACAAAAAGAGAGCCUAAAGUCUUGGCAAUGGAGAGGAAACUCACGAAGUUCCUGUCUGAGGCAAUGUGAGAAAGUUAGAGAGGGAGAGUGAGACCUGGAGGAACACUUGAACUCCAGCAUGCUGAAGGAGAGGGUGAACAGGUGUGUGUUACUGCGAGUGUGUGUUCUCCUCUCGGUCCUGUGUGUGUGUGCUCACAUCUAUGUAGAGUUUAGUGGAUAUGGUCUAAAGAACUGGAAGAGGGUUCAUCCAGUAACCCCAAAAUCCAAUAAACAGGACCCCAAACACCAAAGGGUCUCUAAAACCUCUGACAGGCUGACUCUGAGGGACGACUCAAAGACCACGUGCUGCCCACCUGUGCAGCAGCAGAGGAAGUCUCUAAGGUGGAAGAUAGAGCUGGAGCCAUGGGCCAGUGAGAGUCACAGCCUGGAGGAAGAGGCAUUCAGAUUCAUCAAGUACAUCACUACACCACAGGUGUUCUGUGAAAACCCUGGAGUUCCAGUAAUACAGAGGGAAGUAGAGGAGGUGGAGAGGUCGUGGGUGCUGUGUUUGGAUAACAGAUUCAGCCUGGCCAAGUGCAUCAUUGCUAAACACUGUCGGGUCUACUCUCUAGGGUUGGGAGGUGAGGAUAAGUGGCUGGAGAGAGUGUUGGCUAAAGCAGGUUGUGAAGUUCACAGUUUUGACCCCAGCAUUAAAGAAGCUCACCUGCAGGAUUCUCACAUGUGGCUCCACCGACUCUCUGUGGACUGGAGGGACCCCAACCCUGCCAUCCGAGCUCAGAGGCAGCACGGCAGCACCAAGAAACUGGCCACCAUCCUCAAUGACUUUGGACACAGACAGGUGAUCACAAGUGGCGUGGACGUGCUAAAGGUGGACAUGGAGAGCGCAGAAUGGAAGAUUCUAGAGAAUCUGAUUCUGGAAGGAGUCUUGUCUUCGGUGGGCCUCCUGCUCCUCGAGAUUCAUGUGCACUGGCCGGGGUUUGAAGUGGGCGGAGACGAGCCAUCUGUGGUGCGCUAUUGGUUUAGUCUGUUGAGGGAGCUGGAGCGGGCUCACUUCUGCCUCUACCACAGCUACAGCAACCCUGCCAAGCCACGCCUUUUUCUACAUAAGAACCUGCACAAUGCCAGCAGCAGCUAUGUACUGGGCUGGGUCAACACACACUAUUCUCCACAGUGAGGACAAACUGCUAGGCAUACAUUUCACAUACAGUUUGGAGAAAUGUGGUUCAGCAGAGAACUGGACAUCAGUCGUUUUGACUAAAGGAAGCUGAAUUUAGAGACUAAACUGUAAGCAAAAAACACAAAAAUGCAUUAAUGAGACUGACCUGGCUGGGAUGGCUAGACUUACUCACUGUACUACUAUAUGUAGUAGAUGUAUAAUAUUCGUUAUGGUUGUUGAAGGGAAAGAGAGCGGACUGCAGUAAUUGCUUUGAGGAGUUCAUCAGCGUCUUGUUCUUCCAGAGGUCACAUAUUUAGAGAAGCAGUCACUGAGUCAUCUUCUUAUCUAAUGUUGGCUGCCUGCCAGGAGUCUGACCCUCUGCCUCUCGCUAGAAGAAUAUACUCCAAGAGUUAUGAGCCAUCAGGGUGGAAUCCAUGACCACCCUCCCUCCAAACACAGCUAAUUUAUUUUUGACCACAGAGUAGAAAAGCCUGUAUCAGCACAAUAAAAUUUGUAGCAUGUUUUUGCUGAAAUACCUCUAUGAACAUUUUGUUUUUAAAUGCAGGGAUAUGGUCUUUUACUACAGUAUAUUAAAGCCACCAAGAGCGGUGGUAAGAAAGAAUGGACAUUAUUUUUUGUCUUAUACACACAUUCACCACUCAUCAUGAGAUAAAUGAUAUGCUUCUAUAAUUGAGAAGAGUUAUAGAUGUUUAAUUUAAGUUUAAAUACACAGAUUACAAUGCAAUGGGAGUAAAACAA